AUGCGUUCAUUGGGAGCUCUGGCUGUCGCGCUGCACGCAUCUCUGCUGGUGCUGCUCGCUCAGGGGGUCCACAGAAACAGGGAUGGAGUUUACAUGCGGUCCAAGCAGCAUUUUUCCUCCAUGGAUCGAUCAACCGGGUACCACCUGCCCACCUACAUGAUGCAUCUCUACAGGAAUUUCAAGUCCAACUUUUCCAGGCCUUUGGAUACUAUGGAGCAAGAUUCCACAAAGCAGGCAGACACCGUGAAGAGUGUGAUGGCUAAAAGUUUGAUAUCCAGUCAGAAGCGCUGGAUUGCGACCUUUGACCUCAAGGCCCUUCUGGCUGACAAGCAGAUCCAGGCGGCAGAGCUGAGAAUCAGACUUCCUCGGACAGCGAGCGUGUCCAACAUCACUGUGGAGGUCUAUCACCAGCACGGCCAGGCGUGCCACACGCACGAGGGCUGCCAGGAACAGCAGCUGGUGGGGCUUCUCACUGAAUCAUCACUGGUCACUUUAUCACAGAACUGGAAAGUGUUCAACAUGACAAAACCUCUCUUGAGCUGGCUCAGACGAAAAUCAGCCACGGUAAGAAUUCCACAAAAAAGAGUGGCAAGCAGAAGGAGAGUGGCAAAGACAAAGAGAGGCCUGUCGCUUCCCGAUCAGCCCGUCUUUGUGGCGAGCCCGAGAAGAGAGCAGGACUUGAGUGACCGGGCCUUGUUGGUCGUCUUCUCACAAACUGGCUCUGAUGAAAACUCGAAGGCCAAAGCCAGCUUGCUUCACAUGGCGGAACAGUCCAAGUUCUUGUCCCCUGCUGAAAUCAAAAGGGCCCGGUGGCCAAAGAGGCGAAGGAGCAAACGGGGCCAGAUAGAACAAACGGUGAGAAGCCCGCAGGCGUCCAAGAGAGCGAGUGAAAAAUCUCUCUGCCGCCGAGUAGACCUGCAUGUGGACUUUAAUCAGAUCGGCUGGGGGUCCUGGAUCGUCUUUCCUAAAAGAUAUAACGCCUAUCGUUGUGAGGGAUCCUGCCCUGGUCCCCUGGGGGAAAACCUGAAUCCAACAAAUCAUGCCUACAUGCAGAGUUUACUGAAACAUUACCACCCUGACCGAGUGGCAGCGCCCUGCUGUGCCCCAACCAAAAUGAGCCCAUUAAGCAUGCUGUACUACGAGAACAGAGAAAUGCUCCUCCGACAUCACGAAGACAUGAUUGUGGAUGAAUGUGGCUGCCAGUGA